CUAUAUAUAUUUGGAAGUGAUAUAAAAAUAUGUUUUCAUCAAAAAAUGUGAAAUCAACAUUACUCUGUGGACCUCAGGAAUUAAAUAAAUCUUUUAUGUUUGAGACAGCAAUUUACUGGGCCGAGGAAGGACGUCGCGUCGUUUACAUUACACCAACACCAUUGGAGAGAUUACCGGCAACUUGUCAUGAUAGAUGUAAUCCAGCACCCGCGGCUUUCAAGCUCAUGAGAUUUAUGUAUUUGAAGAACUACGAAUCUCUUGUAGAACGAAUGAUUGAGUUGCAUACCUUUGCCAGUUUACCAUCUAUUCUUUUAAUCGACGACUUUGACACCUAUAUCAAUGAUUAUAAAGAAAGCGAAAUAUCACGAAAUUUUCACAUCGCCAGAAUAUGUUCCUUGAUUCUUGAUACGAUGAAUUCUUGCGCACGAAUUCUAAAGAUCAAUGUAUAUAUAUGCGCCUGGUCUUUUUCUGGAAUGAAUGAUAUUUGUACAUAUACAAUAUACUUUAUUAAUAUUUGGAAUGUGACAAAUGAAGAAGAAAGCAAUACUAUAUUUUUACAAAAAUACUUGCAGAAAGCUUUUACAGAACAAUGUCCAUCAUAUAGAUAUUGCAAACUCAAAGAUGGAACGAGAGUGUUAAAACAAAUUCUACACGAAUCUAUGAUUUUUGAUAGAAAUUAAUUUUCAGAUCAAUAUUUAUAAUUAAAUCAGACAUUGAAAU